AACACCAAUUCACUCAACCAAAUUCACUUCACACAACAAUUAUCAAUAUAUAUAUAUAUAUAUAUAUAUAUAUAUCACGAUUACUUUUAAAUCAUUAUAUUAAAUUCAUAGCAAUUUUGUGUUCUCAUCAAUAAUGAAAUCGUCAAAUUUGCUCAAGAGUCUUUUAGUUUACAUAGUUAUUUUCGUUUUUUCCAUUCAAGUGACACUCGGAAACAACAUAAUAGCAUGUGAGAAUCUGAACAAGGAUUCCUGUGCCUUUGCCGUAUCAUCAAGCGGAAAGCGUUGUGUGCUUGAGAAAAACGUUCGUAGGAGCGGAAAGGAGGUGUUCGUAUGUAGUACCUCACAAAUUGAUACCGAUAAGUUGACGAAUUGGAUUGAAAGCAACGAAUGCUUAGAGGCAUGCGGUCUUGAGCGUAAUGUACUAGGGAUCUCAUCCGACUCCCUUCUUGAGCCGCGGUUCUUGCAAAAACUUUGCUCAACUCGAUGUUACAAUGGUUGUCCCAACAUUGUUGAUCUUUACUUUAAUCUUGCCGUUGGUGAAGGUACAUAUUUGCCGAGCCUUUGCCAAGCACAAGGGGAUAACAAAAGAAGAGGAAUGAUUGAGAUCAAAAGCUUGGGCUACGUUGCUCCCGGGCCCAUGGUGUCUGCAAAACUUACCGAUGAUGGAUCACCAAGCAUGGCACCGUCUCCUUACGGUCCCUAUAAUUAGUUAUUCACUAUUCACUAUACUAGAAUAGGCUAAGCCUAUACAUUUGAAGUAUAAUGUGCUCAUAUUUUCUAGUCUUCACUCAUCCUCAAAUAAGUGUUAUUCAUACACAAAGAUUGUUGUUUAGUUUCUGAUUCAAAGUGGUAUUCAUACUUAUUAUA